UUUCUAGUUCAUUGUGUGGCAUUGAUUUUUUUUCUGGUUUUAUGACGCUGAAAGAUUGUUUUUUUUUACCUGAAACAUGGCUUUCAAUUCGAAUCUUUGUCUAUCUUUAAUCUUUUUGUCUUCCUUUGAUCUUUGGCGUCUUUGACAGAACUGUAAUAAUUUUGACAGAACUGUCGUCUGUAUUAUGACGUCAUGUAUAAGCAGGGUUACGUAUACGUUUCAAAGAGAUGCGAUUUCGUUGAUUACAAUUAUAAAGCGUUUCAUCGAUGUUGAUGGUUGUCAAUGAAGCCGCUGACAUGUCUCGCAAUCGGACGUCAAAAUUUGAGGCACCGGAUAGUUUUAAAUGUGAUUGUUGUGGGUACGAGACAGGAAAAAGUGCAAAUUAUCACCGGCAUUUGGAAUCUGAUCGGCAUCUGCGUGUACUGAAUUUUUCCACCCAGGUAAACUGUGAAAAUAACGAGAAUGAUUUAUGCACGGAUAGCGCUACUCAGGCUCAGCCCACUGACAUGAUCGUAGAUGGUGCGACCGUAGACUAUCAAUCCAGUUACGGUCAAGAUAAUUACGAUGAAGAUUUUGAAGAAGAAGAAGAUGAAGCUGUAGAUGAUGAGGAUGAACAAGAAUAUUACGAGGAACGAAGCCGUGACACCAGGACAGAAACAGAGUGGUUCCCAUUCGAUUCCAAAACCCACUUUCUCCUCACUUCAUUAUACAGUUCUAAAACCCACCGAGUUGUAAGUUUACAUUCUGAUUGCAUAUCUUAUUCUAGCUGUUUUCUUAUAUGUGUCCAAUUUAUGUCCAAUCUUAUGUACUUGUAUAUAUGUAUUGUGAUGAAAGCUCUUUAUAACCUAUCAUGUUUCACUUUUCAUUUUUUUUUUUUUAUUGUUCUUCAGAGUGAUGAGGUAAUGUCUUUUGUCAUGUACAUAAUGAAGGAAUGUGGGUGUCGUAAUGUGCCUCCACUGUCCAAAAUAAAGAAGUAUCUUCAGACAAAAAUGGAAAUGGAAGAUAUGAUCCAAAAGGAAGACAAAUUGAUGUAUGCUAAAGUAGAUGUGUUUAUUGGCAAGGAACACAGAUACAUGUCUGAAAUGAACAUGGAAGAAAAAUGUUUAGUGAAGUACGGGCAACUGCAUAUGGUCUCGUUAGAAAAAUGCAAGGUGUUUUCUAUUCCAAGUGACACAUCAUUGAUGGAGCUCAUAAAUGGGGAGUUGAUAAACAUUUCCAGAGAAAGAAGAGAUGCAAUCUUAAAGCAAUCAUCUUUGUACACCGGUUUACCUGUUAUAACAGUGCCUUUAAACCUGUUUAUGGAUGAUAUGUCAGCCAAUCAGUCCAAAAGGUGGUCACCCCUGCAUGCCAUCCAGGGUCAGCUUUCUGGGUUGAAUGUUGAAGAAAAAAACAGAGGAAAGAAUGUGUUUUUGUUAGGUGUGGCUGAUAGAAUGGAUAUUCUUGAGCUUGUGUCUCCUAUUUGCCAGGACAUUGAAAAUUGUAAACAGUAUGUAUAA